GUAUGCUGACCAAUCAGCUGCAGAUCCAGGGAGACGUGGGUGAAGCUGGUGCGCCUGUGGAACCCCUGGGGCCACGGAGAGUGGAACGGAGACUGGAGCGACCGGUCUCCUCUGUGGCGAAGCGUCAGCACAAAGGACCGCGAAAAGUGCCUCACUGUGGCGAAUGACGGAGAGUUUUGGAUGAGCCUGGAGGAUUGCUGCAGAUAUUACACCAAUAUCGAAAUCUGCGGCAUGAGACCCGACUUCCUGGACGAAGACCCGGCCUGCCACUGGAAGACGUCCAUGUACGAGAACCGCUGGGUGGCAGGAACCACGGCUGGAGGCUACAUCAACCACACAGAGACUUUCUGGACCAAUCCCCAGUAUCGGCUCAAGGUUUGUGGAAAACCCGAUUCCUCUCAGACCAGGAACACCCUGGUGUCUCUCAUGCAGAAGCUGGACAAGAGGAACAGGCGUUCGGCGCAGCUCUUCUUCAUCGGCUUCUUCAUCUUUGAGGUGCCAGAAAAAGAUGAGAAACACGCCGGAAAGUUCCCGGCAUCGUUCUUCAGCAGCCAUAGACCCGUUGCCCAAACCAAGAAGUUGAUGAAGUCCCGUGAAGUGAUGGAGUUUGUGACACUGAAGCCCGGAGAAUACGUCAUCGUGCCGUGCACCGACAACCCCAACCAGACCGCCUCCUUCCUCCUGACCAUCUUCUCCCGGGAAGAGACCUACUGCAAUGAAAACUCUGGACACAAUUUCAACAAUCAAGUUGAAAAGGCGAAGAAAGAGAAAAACAGACAGGAUGUUGAAAAUAAGAAGCUCCUGUUCCGUCAGUACUCAGACAAGUAUGAAGAAGUCGACGCUGAGCUGCUGCAGCAGCUUCUGAAAGGUGACCAGAUAUCAGGAAGCUUCAGCAUCGACGCAUGUCGCAGCAUGGUGGCUCUGAUGGAUGAAUCUGGAGAUGGGAAGCUGGACAGUCAGGAGUUUGGUCAUCUGUGGCACAAGAUUAUGAAAUAUAAGCAAGUUUUUACCAAAAUGGAUGCUUCCCAAACGGGAACGCUGUCACUGACGGAGCUGAGGAACGCUUUGAGACACUCAGGUAUGAAUAUCAGCGAUGAACUGCUCAACCUGAUGGUGGUUCGCUACGGCGCCUCCUCGGGUCACAUGACCCUGGAGAACUUCAUCAGCCUUGGCAUCCGCCUGAGCCACAUGAACAAAAUCUUUUCAGAGCUGUCAGACGGGAGAAACGUUACCCUGUCCGGGUCAGAGUGGCUGUUCCUCUCCAUGUACACCUGACCCAGCAGGGAGAAGACAGGAAACAAGAUCUGCCGAAACACGUUGGAAUUUCAGAGGAAAAUUAGCUUUUUUCCUAUUUUUCAUACAAUCCUUCUGUGGUGAUUUACUUUGACUUGUCCUCCUUUAAAUGAUUACAUUUUGAAGAACUUCUGAGCUGCUUUCUCUUUUAUCACUUUAAUGUUUUAAUACAUGGAGUCCAUAUCCAGACUUGCUGGUUAUUUUUACUCCACAUUUGAUGUGAUUUGUCUUCAGUGUUGCUGAGCUUUUACCUGGCCUGGAGUUGUAGGCUUUCUUGGUAGUAAUAAUGCAUUUUAAAUUUUGGUACAUUUCUCUGCACUCAAAUUAAUAAAAUCAAAUAAUAAAAUCACUAGAAUAUAGAGCAAACGGCAUCAGACAGAAUAAACAGUUCUGAUGAAAAUUG